AUGAGACCACCGUUCGGCUACAUCCCACGUCUAUACGCGCCUCUCCGACUCUCAACCCGCCAAUCAUUCGGACCGUCACCCGCGCUGACCGCCGCCGCCAUCGCCACCGCGACGACGUCGACGAGGAGGUUGACGUUCAAAAGCAGGAUGAGCACAUCAUCGGGCCCUCAGUCUACGACAAUGUGGUCGGCUGCAGGACAAGGUGAGGGUGAAGAAGAGAGGAAACUGAACGGCGGCGAUGGUACCGGUAGCCACCGAGAGCACCACCCCACGGAAAGCACGUCACCGGCCCCUAAAAAAACGACAUCAAACGCCCCCGCGGAGGCCAGUCCCAACACCAGUGGCGCCGACUCUAGCCAGUGCCAGCCUCACUCCCAGGGCGACGAUCAGGGCCUCGCUGGUGCUCAGCGGCGGGAUGGACCCCUGGCUUUGCCGCCGCUGCCCGAGGGCUACGGGACGUCUUCUGCUGUUGGCGGGAACUCCGCGGGAGGAGGAGUGGGAGGAGGAGACAACAAUAACAAGGGCGUCAGCAGCAGCAGCGGAAGCAACACCAUCACGCUGGACAUGAGCGGCGGCGACGCCUCGACCAGGCUGGACCACCUCGGCCCCCUGGUCGUCAACCAGGACGGCACCAUGUCGCGAAUCAGCAACUGGGGCGAGAUGACGGAAAUUGAGAGGCGCAACACGCUGAGGAUCUUGGGUAAGAGGAACCAGCUUCGACUUGCUACGCUCAGGGGGGAGAAGGAGAAGAACGGGGCCGAGGCUGGAAAGUGA